GGGCACACAGUGCGGACGAUACAACGUUUCGCAUCGGAGCCGCGUGUGCGCGCGAGGCGCCGGCUUGGAGCCAGUGUUUUUCGACCGCCAGCCGGCUGUUCUCCGCGUUGUCACUGCGUGGACUCUUGCUUUCUUCAACGCGUGCUGCGCAGUCGCCGCAGGACAGCGCGAGUGGCGUCUUUGAAACAAAGUCCGCUAGCUGCCCCGUGUGUUGUCACUGCGUCUGUUUGUCUUCUCGGUGGGUGUUUUCCGACGCGCGCUGUGCUGGAGCCGCGUUGCUGCGAAACAGGAUGCCAGGUCUGGAACGUGGUUGUUGCGAGCUCUAUUUUUCCCAAAGAUAGAGGCGAUCCCCGCUCGCCCUGUGGUGCUUGCAUCGCUUGACCCUCUCCCCGCUGGAAUUCGGGAGAUAAGAAGUCAUUUGGGAACCGUCUCUCUCUCUCCACCGCCGGCAGCAUUCGUUUGCUCGCUAUCAGUUUCACGGAGACGUGGAUGCGGGGACCGCCUCACCACAAGCGUUCGCCUCCAGAUCCUGUCGUGAAAGAGAAAAGCAAAACAGUGGCACGGCCUUCGGAACACUAACCUCAAGCACCAUCCAGCCUAGGGAAAAAUCGCCACAAUUGGAGAAUAGCUGGUGCAGAGCAUCGGCGAAAACAAAAAGAUGCAACUGGACGGCCGCAGUACCUACCGAGCAACGCGGCAUGAGCGGGGAACGUGACCCCACUUGACGACAUCAUCGGUCAUGACGUCAGCGACGCCGAGGACAGGGCGGCCUCACCACCCGACCUUGCUGACUGUGGUGACACUGCUGCUGCUGCUGCUGCUGGCGCUUGGGACAGCCGGCGUUGCCGCUGCCACAGACCCACCACCUACGACAGAUGCCAGCGCUGUCACGUCAGUUGGAGAGGCUGCUACGCCAACCGCCGCACAGACGGUGAAAAAUGACAUAAGCAACUCGCCGACUGCGACUCCAGCGUUACCGCCAGACAAUGGAACAGCAGCACCCACGGUGCCCUCUACACAAGCCACCACGCCGGGGCAAAUAUCCGAGCAGACAUCUUCGCCUACCUACUGGCCACGAAACAAGUACCGCAAGCUCUGAAACGUCGACGGCGUCGGUGACGCAGGAUUCGAAAACAGAGCAUCCUUCGACUGCUAUCACAGCAGAAGCACCAACAACAUUUACAACAGUACCCGCUGUCAAUCAUUCAGAAGAAACAACCGUCGUGACAAGCACGGAUAUCGAGGAUCACCAGCCGAACGCCACCAACGGAAGUGAAACGACGUCGUCAGCGGCGACGACUAUAACGACGGUGGCUCCGACGACACUAUUACCGACGACGACGAGGCGCCGGCUGCCCGAGGUCCCCGACGACGACGUUGUCAUGAAGUCUACGCCCACCCAGAGACGCCUGCUGCUGGUGCUGCGCGGCAAUUGCAGUCACGACAGCCUCAAGAGCGACGUCGAGGGCGCCUUCCGGAACCUGACGAGCGCCGCCGAGAACAUCAGCGUCACCGACAUCCGCUGCACCACGCUGCUGGACGUGAACGUGACGCUCAAAGCUGGCGAGCUGCAGCUCAAGCAGCUGCUGCGCAACUUGAGUCUGGCCGGCACCCUGCAGCUGGGCGGCGACAGGCACUUCCUGCUGACCGACUUCUCGGUCAAGGAGCAGGUCUCCACCGACGGAGCGCGCACGGUCCGCUCCCGCUGGGUCCCGACGCGCGAGGAGCUCAUAAUCUACGUCGCCGUCGCGGUGCUCUUCGGCAUUGUGCUCAUCAUCGCCUGCGUGGUCUGCAGCAUCCGCUGCUGCCGCCGUCAGCCGUCGAAGACGCUCGACUUCCUCGACACGCCGCGCCUCAACCUGCGCCUGGAAGACUACACGCUGACAAGGAUACCGCGACCUCACACCGUGUACGCUGACCACUUGCGCACGCCUGACCAGGAGCUGGGCGUGGUGCAGGCCUUCGACACGUGCGUGGUCCCCCUGGAGGAUGUUAUGCCUCCGCCACCUCCCGCGCCCACCGUGCCCGCACCGCCGUGCCCGCCGCCCAGGCGACCCACUGAAGGCUGGAGGACCGAGCCACUGAUGACGUUCGGUGGCAAGCACGCCAAGGCGUCGCCCGCCAAUGGCCUCAAGGUCGCCCGCAGGAGUGCCACCCGAACCGAAGAGGAAGACGACGACGAGUCUUCCCUCAGGGGAAACGGCGCACUGUCCACGUCGACAGAGCGACUAGCCCGGAGGGACUCGGGUCGCCGGCAGGGAGUCGACAAUCCCAUCUACUUGGUGGACCGCAGGAAGUCCAAGGGCUGAGGAACUGAGCGCUCUGUCCCGCUCUGUCACUCUCUUGGAAAGUUCGAGCCUACUGCGUGGACCUGAAGACGAACUUUGCACCGCCGGCCGUCAAAUGGCGGGCUUCACGGACUGGCGGCUCCCGCUUUUUCAUCUUGAGGGUGUUCGCCGCGAGUGAGGAAAGAAGUAGGCUCGCUAUAGGGCUUAAGACUGUGAGAGCUUGUCUCUCGCGAGCCGAAGCCACUGUUUACGGUGACGUGGCACUGGCCGGGACUGUACUGUGCGCGUCAACGAGAGGUUGUGCUUUAGGAAGGAACUUAGGUGAAAAAUGGAAUGCGACGAUAAGAAAGUCUCGCAGCGAUCUGACCCUUGACACGUCGCCAAAUUUGGCUAGCAUAGAGGCAGGCGCGUCGUCUUCUUUGGGGCCUAUACAUUACACACAGCUAUCAAGCACAUUGAGAGUGUUCGACACUUUGCGUUGUGCUCCGAGUAAGGCGAGCGUAAUUGUUGUGUAAGCGUGUUACCUUUCUCUUUGUUUUUACCUGAGGCCGCCUUUUAGUCAGACUCUCAUUUCCCUGAUUUGCUUUUGUUCCUUUUCUUUCUGCCGUUUCUAUUUACAAGUCGUAGCAUAUGGAUGAGUAUCUUCUAGUUUUUUGUUUGUCGCUAGAUGCUUAUAGCUUGACCAAGAGCGCGUACUUAUAGGCAGUGUGUAAAACAGCUGGCUGUGUUCUUCGUAUGGUGGUGUCUCCACGGCCCCGACUGGUGGUGGUGAGCGCCGUUGUUUGUUAUGUCUCAGAGAAGAAAUGGCCUCAGAAGUAGAGAGAAAAAAAAAGAAAAGCUAACUCCCUGCCACUUUCUGUCAGAGGCCUUGAUUAUUGGUAGUCCUGUGGGUUCAGUGUUGCGUGUCCCCUUGUACUUCCAACUCUUCGUGAGUGUAUAGCUGUGGUACUUGAGUCGACCAUUCUGUAUAUGCCAGCGCUUAUUGAAGUCGCUUUUUGGCUGAAACGUGGGCAUUAUUUCUCCGGUGACCUGUCAAGCACCAGGGGCGGCACCGCUAACAUGAGUACGCAUGUUUCCGCUGCCCAAACCAAAUUGAAUAGAAAUGUGCGUCUUCCAAUUACUAAGAUUAGCAAAAACUAGUUUGUAGCAUGGCAAAAUGCAUUUGUCCCAUCUUUCGCUAGGAAUGUGAAACACUCGGCAAGAGAAUCUAGGAACACAGUUCGCCUUUCGCGCACUUGAUACGAGAAGGCGUAUAGCUUUGAUUGCGCUGCAGAAUUCUACAUGUUUGGCUAAGUCGUAUGUUUAUUUAGCUUUCUCAAAGCGCCACCGUAUUGCGGCUGCAUUUUCUUUAAAAAUGCCUAAAAUGUCAUCUCUAGGUGACAGUUUAGCACAAACAAAGCAACUGCAUGUUUGGGCAGAGGAACCAUGUCAAUUUCUCUACUGACGCAGGGUAGAUAAAGGGAAGUGUGAAGAACGGCAGGCUCUAAUUUCGUUCCGACCGCUUCUGAGAUGGCUCGAAAGUAUACCUCUAGCACGCACCAGUGCAUCUAGAGAGCCGAUCAGAAUAUAUAUGUGAUGUAUGAUUCUGCCGACCGAGCAUGGUUUCGCAACUACCGUGGAAUACCGAGCAUGCUUCCCACCUGCAGUACCAUUUCCGGGACCUUACCUCGGAAGAAGCUGAAGGGAAAGGGGUUGACAUUCCCGGCAGCUUUUCUGGCACGGAGGAAGGAAACUAUUGAAGUCAAACGUAUAUCGACCCAACAUCUGAUCGCCACGUCAGAGCGCGCGGUAGAUCUUCUUGGUGAUCCCGAUCUGCAAACAGAGCUAUAUACGGCUGGACAGCCGAAGAAAUGCUCAUCGAUGAAAACCGACGGGGAACCUAACAUUCCCGGCCUCUACGUCAAGUCUCAGAGGUCACGUGUUGGGCCCAUACUGCGAGGUAAAAAGCGAAGGAAAUAGCUUCACGUCGAGUUGGCUUGGCAGAGCUGGCUGCGUGACGUAAUGCUUUCUUCUGGUUUAUUUCAUUCCUCCAUGGUUUCUGGGCGACUGUUAACCUUGGGUGCUAUUCUGGACAUUGUCGAAUUCCGCCAUAUUGUCGAAUUCGCCAUCUUGUCAGCUCUUAUUGGUCCAGAGGGCUGCUGGGGUGUGUCUGAUUGGCUCUAAAUGCCAGAUUUGACAAUAUGGUGGAAUUUGACGAUGUCCUGGCUUACACCUUCGUGUCGAGAUUGAAAACAAUUCUAUUUCGAUCCUUUUCCUUUCCGCGUUUCGUCAGUGGACCUAGAAACGAGCGAAAGAGAGAAAAAAAAACAAGAGGAAAAAAAGACAGCGAGAUUAGCCAGUGUAAGUACCGGCUGGCUGCCAUGUUCUGGGGAAAAGGCUAAAUGGAUUAAAAGAUGAUAGAAGAAACAAAUGAAAAAAUAAAGUGGAAAAAAUUCUCACAAUAACGCGAUCCUGCGCUCUACAACUUUCAAAGUCGGUCGCGCAGUUCACAAGCCCUAGAAACAAGUGGAAGAAACCGCUACGCUAUACCGGCCCUGUUUUUGCAUCUUUAUCAGGAUGUUUUCAUCGAGAUUCAUAAAAUUGUGAACGCAUGUUAUGACAUCGAGGCAUUUCAUUUUUUUUCUUUUUUCUCGCACGAUUUUUAAUUUCUCUCGAAUUCAAAUUUUUGGUGACCGCUUGCUCGAUAUUUUACAGCAUCCUUCUUUAGUUCCCUCCUUGCCGUUGGAGUGACACCAAAGAAUGUUCGCAUUUCCUUUCAUUGACCCUUCUAUAUAUACGCAUCGUACGCCGCAGAUCCGAUUAUUGCGGGCUUCUCACAUUACCACAAAUCAUCUUUAAGCUACAAUUUCUUCUUUCUUUCGUAAUCUGUUCGCAGGCUUAAGCAUCCCAAUAUCCCCAGUGUUGUCUGUGUCUGUGCUCAGCGCGUAAUUACGUCUCCUUUUUUUUUUUUUUUUUUGUCCAAAAUGCUUCAAAAAUAGAUACCAAGUUUUUGGAUUUGAAUGAAUGUUUUUUUUUUUCUUUCGCCUAGCUUGUUUAUGCAAUCGCAGUAUAAUCUUGACCGUAUGUGCACGGCUUCUCCCUAGUAUAAUUUCUUUUUUAAAUAAGUUGAUGUGCAAUUCACGCGUGACAUUAUGUGUGGAAGCACCGAUACACUGGCGCAUUACACACACUUUUUGCCACUUCAACGAAUUCGCGUACUUGCUUUCCACUUUUUUUUAUUAGGAACGGCUACAUCACUGCACUUGUUUUUGGGACAUCUUUGUCCAACGUAGAGAGAUAGAGAAACAACCUCUCCAAAGUGGAGAGUCCUUGGGCAUUGCACGUACAAACUGUUUCGCUAUCUCAUUCCUCUACCCCCAGUCACUCCACUCAGUGUGUAAUCCCGAGCUUCGUUAUGGUUUAUCUGUUCAUGUUACAAUGUGAAUUGUUGCUUGUGUACGCGUAUAAUUUUACUCGGUAUGCGUUCUUGUGUUUGAACAAGUGUCCAGGUUGACCUUGAGUAUUGCUUCAUAUGUACUGCGUGUGUUUCCGCCUCGUGCUUUCGAAGAGUCCAGCGAUAUGUACCCCAGGAUGCCAUAUGUAACCACAAACACACAUACACAUACAAGUAAGGAGCAGAAUGAGAAAACACACAGUUAUAAAAAGAAUAAGAGUGGAGUCGUUCCGUUACUUUUGUAUUCAGAGAUGUACAUGUGACAAUAAAUGUCAUUGUACUACAUUAGUACGAAUAAAUGUGGCGCAUGGCGUGGU